CGGUGGUUCGUUGUUUAGUUUUAUCUUUCCGGCGUGAUUCAAGCGCUGUCGUGUGUUGUGCAAAUUUGAUUGUGGGCAUGUGAACAGUUUCGUGCACAACAACUUAUCGUGGGCUGUCGAUGGCGGAGUGCCACAACAACGAGGCAACAGUGCGUGCAGUGUGAUUGUAACUUCGUGUGCCAUUCUAAAGCAGCAAGUGCAAGUGCUUCUCGGAAAUAAGGCAGGAAAAGGCCUCAGUUCUGUUUGUCGCAACAACACACACCCUUCCAGAACACCUUAGCCCCGGCAAGGUGCGUGUGUGUGUUUGUGUGUGUGUGUGUACGGAAAAACAAACCAAAAAAUCGAUCGUCCGCAAGGUCCGUCGUAAUCCGUCACGUAAUCGCAGGGGCAGGACCGCCUCGAAUUACGAAGAAGUUCGCAGAACCGACUGCAGGAGAAAAGCGCCGCACCAUCACCCCGCAAACGUAACCAAACCCCCGGUGCAACAAUGUUCAACGUCUGUAAAAGCGGAGCGGCGGGGGCAACGCUGGUCGCCAGCUUGCAAAGGUAUGGCGCACGUGCGAUCAGUCACUCGGUCGUUCCCACCAACAAGCUGCCCGACUUUCCGCUCGAAAACGAACCGGUGCUCACGUACAAGAAGGGCUCGAAGGAGCGUACCGCGCUGGAGGCCGCUCUGAAGAAGGCGGCCGCCAAGAUGGAGGACGUGCCGAUCAUCAUCGGCUCGGAGGAGAUCCGCUCGAAGCAGGUGCGCCACCAGGUGAUGCCGCACAACCAUAAACACAAGCUCGCCCAGUUCUACUACGCGGACCAGAAGCAAAUCCAGAAGGCGAUCAAGACGGCCACCGAGACGCAGGUCAAGUGGGACCGCACGCCACUGGACGAGCGCAUCCGGAUCUGGCAGAAGGCGGCCGAUCUGAUGGCGGGCCCGUACCGGCAGGAGCUGAACGCGGCCACCAUGCUCGGCCAGGCGAAGACGGUCAUCCAGGCGGAGAUCGACUCGGCGGCCGAGCUGAUCGAUUUCAUCCGCAUGAACACGUUCUAUCUGAAGGAGGCGGCCCGGUACCAGCCGAUCAGCGAGGAUCUGAAGGUGACGCGCAACUCGAUGCGGUUCCGCGGCAUCGAUGGGUUCAUUGCUGCGGUCAGCCCGUUCAAUUUCACUGCCAUCGGCGGCAAUCUGGCGUACACGCCGGCGCUCAUGGGCAAUGGCGUGCUGUGGAAGCCGUCCGACACCGCCCUGCUGUCGAACUACGUGAUUUUUAAGAUUAUGCGUGAGGCCGGCGUACCACCGGGUGUGGUCAACUUUGUGCCAGCCGACGGUCCGGUGUUUGGCGAUACCAUUACCGCCUCACCGCAUCUGGCCGGUAUCAACUUCACCGGUUCCGUUCCAACAUUCAACCGUCUCUGGCGUCAGGUUGGCGAAAACAUCGACAAAUACAACAACUUCCCCCGACUCAUCGGUGAGUGCGGUGGCAAAAACUACCACUUUGUGCACCCGUCGGCCGACGCUGAAUCGGUGGUGAACGGCACGAUCCGAUCCGCGUUCGAGUUCUGCGGCCAGAAGUGUUCCGCCUGCUCACGCAUGUACGUCCCGGAAUCCCUCUGGCCGAAGGUGAAAGACGGUCUGCUGAUGAUCCGCGACACGCUCAAGGUGGGCGACGUGACCGACUUCUCCAACUUCACGUCGGCCGUCAUCGACGACAAGGCGUUCGCGCGCAUCAAAUCGUACGUGGAACACGCGCGCAGCUCGAAGAAUCUGUCCAUCCUCGGCGGAGGCAAGUGCGACGACAGCAAGGGCUACUUCAUCGAGCCGACGAUCGUACAGACGACCGACCCGACCGAUCGCAUCAUGACGGAGGAAAUCUUUGGCCCGCUGCUGACCAUCUACGUCUACAAGGACAAGGAUCUAGAUAGCGCGCUCAAGCUUGUCGGUAGCUCGACCCGAUUCGCACUCACCGGGGCCGUGUUUGCACAGGAUGAAGCAUUCCUCAAGCGAGCCCUGGACGAGCUGAAGUUGACGGCGGGCAAUUUCUACAUCAACGACAAGUCGACCGGAUCCGUCGUCGGCCAGCAGCCGUUCGGUGGUGGUCGCAUGUCGGGCACAAACGAUAAGGCUGGCGGUCCACACUACAUCCUGCGGUGGGCAACGCCACAGUCGAUCAAGGAAACGUUCGUCCCGCUGAAGGAUAUCGACUAUCCGUACAUGCGCGAAUAAGGUACCGCUUCGACGAACAAGAAGCAACCUUUACGCUGAAAUUUUGUUACCUUUUCGCUGUGUUUCGCCCCCCGAGACGGGAAAUUAACGGGCCCGUUGAAAGCAUUUCGCUGAUCCUGUUUUUGUUUGUAUUACCCUCUCUGCUACUUUCAUCCACCCCUCCCCCCCUUCCCCCUUUGGACAUGGGUUAGAAUUAUUCUUGCUUCUGUGUUUUGCUUCCUUUUUCCCUUGUGAUCAACGAUAAGAGACAACGACGACACCGAUCUCUCCACUAGGGAUUGCGUUUCUUUACGUUACGCACCGCCACCGACAUUCGCAAUCUCGACAUUAUUCCCCGCGAACUUACCAACGUCGAUGGGAUAAGGGUCACUGCAAUGUAAAAAUAUUGUAAUGUAAUUGUUGUGGCAGGGACACAGACGGCCACAGUCUCUUCGCCUACGUUUGUUAUCGUAUGUUUAAGUUUGACCUUUAAUUUUCCUUCGUGAACCCGCGUGCAUGAGUAGCACGACUUACCCCGGAAAGGUGGUAACUUUGUUAGCUGUGGGAGAUAUUCGAAUUACUAUCACACACACACACACACUCACACACCAGAUGAUCAUCCGCCGUGUGUUUCCGGAAGCUUGUCAAAAUCAACCGGGCCAAAUCGGGAUCCCCGUUGGCGCCAUUUGCCAAAGCUUCUACCGUGAACAAUACUUGACAAUACAUAGCAGAGAAAAAGGAAGUUGCACUCGAUGUUCGUCGCUAGACCUUUUUCACCUACCCUUCUCCCUUUCCAACCAUCCUUUCUCAUUCAACCCGGAAGAGGAAUGUGGAAUGAAUUGCUUUUUGGUGCAAGCUGGCAUGUAACCAUAUUGCGCAUCCGAGCGCUAGCAAUAGGGGCUACCGUUACUUGUUGAUUGUGUUGUUUCCGUUUCCGCGAACCGUGAUUCACGCUAUGAAAUCGGGAAGAAAUAAGCGGGACCUAAGAUAUGGUGGACAUUAUGAGUGGAGUGGAUAUGAAAAAUCAUUUGAACAAAAAUAAAAGUAUUACCAGAGUAGAGCGACAUUUGGUAGCCGAGAAAAAUGGUACUUUGGCGCUUGUUCAAAGUGUACCGCAAAGACAUUAAUUAACAUAACAACAACACAAAAAUGGAACUCCUUAAAACUGAUCUGAUGAGAACGACCGGGAGAAGAAACUCGAGUCCCCCGGAGAACAAUUAUCUAGCGCCGAAUUUGUCUGAACGACCAUUUGUAGCAACAAACAUAUGUAUAACCAUCAGUCUGACGAUAAGAAUUAAAAUCAUAACAAAACCAACAUGCGAAAUAUGUGUUAUAUGUGUCUGGUAGCAAGGAGGGAGAAGGUGGUUUUGCGCCGAUGAAUCAUUCACUUGAUAUGAGAGCAUCAAAUCUCUAUCAGCAGUAUGUUGGAAAGAAGACGAGAUACAUAUAAAAAGAAAGAGAAUGAUGAUAAAAAAUGAAAGAAUACCAACACAAGUAAGUUAAUAAAUGUUUUAAAAAUUGA